CAAACAGUCUCGUGCAAUGUGAUUUGUAUUGUAAUUUGUACAUCCAAGCGACACGUCAAUCAUGGAUAUCACCACCGCCAAUACUGCGGAAACUGUUCUGCGAUGCCCUCAGUGUCGCAAGCCCUUUGACAACCCUUCCAGCCUGAAGAGGCAUGGGUAUUACUGUCGCACACGCAAGCCCAUCGACAGAGCUUCCAGAGUGCAUUCCUGCCUCGCCUGCGUGAGCUCCAAAGUCCGGUGCGACAGGAAGCGGCCUACGUGCUCGCGGUGUCUGGACAAGGGCGCCAGGUGUACCUACACGGGCAAACCUCUCAGAGAAAGCACUCGGCAGGAGGAAUCUCGCGAUUCUCUGCUGCCAAACUCGGUCGGGUCGCCGAGCUCAGAGUCGUCGUUGCACCCGGAUGCAGGCCCCGACGAGGCUGGCAACGCUACCGAGCUCGGCAGUCCAAUCCUGAUCGACUUUGAUGCCGGAUAUUCAGCCGCGUUGAACUGGGAUGAUACUUCCCAGGACGACUUUGCCGAGCUUGCUUCCCCAUCAGCUACAGGCCCCGACGUUGCUACUAUAAUGCCCUUUUCGUCUGCAAAGGACGCCAUCUCAGCCCCUGCUUUCCAAUCGUACAACACUCUUCAUCUCCCUGAAUUUCUUCUGAACACUCUGCCGGACAACACCAUGUCGAUACCAAGAACGCUGAGCACUGUUGCGACCAAUGACCGCUCUCUCAUCCACCGACCGACAAAGCUGAAGCCGGGCUCCCAGAGGGCAGCAAGCCUGAUCCGGCAUACCCUCAAGUCCUAUGCGGUCAUGAUGCUGCGCGACAACGCACUUCCGCCGUUCAUACAUCCCGGGACGACAAGUCUCCUCACCCACCCGGAUACGCGGGAGGACUUGGAGCCGCUGCAUAACUGCAUCAGCCUGCUGCCCAUGCUCUGCAGUCAGGACGGACUUCGCAGGUCGAACAGAACUUUGUUUUGGAGGAACGUGCGGAUGGAGUGUGAGCGUCUCUGCUCGCAGUUCUCCACACUGUCGCCUCUCGCCAUCGUCAGCGCCAUGCAGGCUCUUUCGAUAUAUAUCAUCGUGCGUGCCGACGAGUGUGACGCCGGCGCGGCGGGAGGAGAGGACAAUGAUAAUAUCGACAGCCUUUUGAUCAUGGCGGUUGUAAUCAUGUCCAAGGGCCUGGGCAAUGCCAAGUUCGCAGACGUUGACGGCCCUGAGCUGGGCGGUUCCGCAUCUGCAGAUAGCCUGGAAGCAGCAUGGCGGCGCUGGGUCCUGGUCGAGUCUGCGCGAAGACUUUGCACGCUCUACCAAGUCGUAAACAUGGUCACAAUCUUCGAGCCCGCGAAACGCUGUGAUCUCUCGCGAGAAGGGUUGGUUCUUUCCCUACUUCCGGCGAGCAAGCAGCUCUGGGAGGCCGGCGACGCAAGGCAGUGGAUGUCGGAAAGGUUGAAGAUGACCAUGAAGACGGGGUCGCGCGGCGCCAUAGAGUACGGUAUAGCGCUGAACGGCGACCUGGUCAACCUCUCCUCGGGGGCGGCUCUUUCGAGGAGCGACGAUCGUGAGAGCGAAGCUGGAGCGAGAAGAUGGCCCAAGGCAGAUUGGGAGGAGUGGCUCGCGGGCAUGGACGGCUUUGGAGGGCUGGUCACGCUUGCGGCUUCCAUGGCAGGAUAGGGCACGAGGGCACACGUAUACUUAAUUACCUAGAUACCCCGGGUAGGCAAUCAAUCUGGUUGGCAGCCA